AUGAGGGUCCCAACUGUUCUAACGUCGGCAUGUGAUUUCUCUCUCUCUGACGCAGCAGCUCCCGUCUCCAAGUCUGAGGACCUACUUGAGGCGUACCAGGUCUCCUGUCAGAAACAUGGCGUGGAGCCACUCUCCAGGCUAGUGCAGCAGCUACAGGCAAUAGGCAUUGUGGGCGACCGGACACAGGACCUGAAUUUAAAAGGAGAGAAGCUUGAUGCGAGGCAAUGCGAAGCCAUGGAGGACAUCUUCAAGGCUAUGCAGUUCGACUCCAUCAGCUUGGAGGCAUGUCACUUAGAUGACGAGGGAGCUGCUACCGUGUUCGACAUGAUCGAGUACUACGAGUCAGCGCGGAAGCUCAACAUCUCGCACAACCGCAACAUCGACUCCCGGGGCUGGCAAGCCUGCUCAAGAAUGCUCAAGAAGACUCCCUGCUUGCAGCACCUGGAUGCCAGAGGCACAGCGCUGAGCGAGCAGACCCUGCUCGUCCUCGGACGGGCGCUGAGGCUUGGCUCGCACCUCAACUCUUUGCACCUCGAGAACUGCUCCCUGACGGGCCGUUCACUCGUCAUUUUAGUGGCAGCACUGAAGCUGAACCCAGCACUGAAGGAGCUUUACCUGGGGGACAAUGGGAUGACGUGCGCAGACGGCUUGCAGCUGGCGAACCUGCUGCGGGCCAACUCACGCCUCGAGUACCUCGACUUGCGCGGGAAUAGUCUGCAAGACAUUGGUGUGUCGCAUCUCUCGGACGGGAUAGCGCAGCAGCCCGACAGCGCCGACAAGGGGCUCAAGACUCUGGUGCUCUGGAGCAACGGCAUCUCGCCAGCGGGCAUGAGGCACAUCUCUCGGGCCCUGGUUGCCACAAAGUCCCUGAUUACUCUCAAUUUGGGUCACAACGCCAUCGGGGACGACGGCUUGCUUGUUUUGCGUGAGGCCCUCAUGCGAAACAAGUCCCUCUGCAACCUGGGCCUGCAGAACACAAAGAUCACGUGUGAAGGUGCCAUUGCCCUGGCCGAGUUCAUCGCCGACAGCCAGAUCAUUGUGAGGUUGGACCUGCGGGAGAACAAGAUCGGAGUUGGUGGCCUCAUGGCGCUCGCUCAGUCGCUGAAGCUCAGCAAGAGCGUCACGCGGCUAGACCUGGACCAAGUCAAGUCUGAAAAUGACGCCAAGGACAGCGUUCAGGACCAGCGAAGGCUCCUCCUGGAGAUUGGCGAGCAGUGCCGCCGCAACAAGAGGCUCCUCCGGCUGGCCUCGGUGUCCAGUGUCUGCAACGGCAUUUCGGAUCCCAACGCGCCUUGCCUGCCGGACCUCACCAACUCCGCAGUCCUCGCAAACGGCACCAUCGUGGCGGCCACUUCUGUGACUACACAGGCACGGCCGCCAUUCAACACGAGCCUCUCUGUCAACGCCGUUACGGGUGGCAACGCUGCACCACCCUCAAGCCCAGGGACCAGCCGAUUCCGUGUCUCCCGGGUCUGCCUCGAGACAGAUGCCGAGAACGGACCGGCCGUCUCGGAGAAUCCCAACGCCGUGCAGCUCCGCAGUGCCGGUGCCGACGCUGCCGCCACGUCGGCGAACCUGGAGCGCUCCCACAGCGCCCCGGCUUCCGUGCCGUCUCGCUUCACUGUGACACCUGUCAAUGGGUUCAAACCUGCCACGGCGGGCACCGAUGUCAUUGUUGUUGAAAAGAAAGAUGAGAGCGCGACACCGGAUGCCGCAGCGGAGUCGCAUGAACGCGAUGACACUAACGGGCACAACCACGAGAACGACGAAAUUGAGGACGAGGAAGAGGACGACGAUGAGGACGACUUCGUCGGGCAUGCAGUGUCGAAGCCUGUCGCCAUUCUGGUGGCGUCUGGAGCGUGCCGUCGAGGAAGUGCAGACGACUUUGAAGAGGGAGGAGCAGACGAUGAGGGAGGGCAGCAAGAUGAAGAAGAGGAAGAGGCCAAGGACUCGCUUUCAGCGCCGCCCUUGCCGAUGCCCGGAAGGACAAGUCCCACCUGGUUCAUGUACCCCUCCGUGUCUACAUCGGCACAGCCGAGAAACGGGAUGGCGGCGCCCCCGUCCUCCGGUGGCGUGGAGCGGAAGCGCAAGAUUAGCUUCCAGCUGCCGGAGGGCACGACGGGCGAGGGAGGCCGACUUCUCAACGGCCGCGCUGACCGGCGGAUGAGCACACCCGCCAUGCCGGUGUCGAACAGCGCCGCGCGCAAGAAGCUCACGGCACUCAAGCUGUGCAAGAGGCUGGAAAGCCUUGACUUGCGGAGCACGGUGCCCCUGUCACCGACCCGGCUUUUGGAAGGCUGGGCCUUCCCAGAGCCAUCUGUGGACUUUAAGUUCCCAUCGGAAUGAAUGCCUCGCUUGCAACCUCACGAACGAACGAACCGGACUCAGCACACCAAAGCUGAGCCUCCGUUCUGAACAGAAGCUGGACUCGCUUGCCAGAGACUAUUGCGCAUGCUCUCAAACUUCUAAUGUUCCUAAAUAUUCAAAGCAAGAUAUUUCAUUUUUUUUUCUAAGUUAUUGCGCCUUCUCAGACAGCUUCCACACAUCCUCCCUUCUUUUUUCUUUUUAAUGUUUUUAUCAGCCUCAUGUGACGCGUGUGUACUCGUGCAGCUGCUGUUUGUUUUUUAUGUUUUCACCAAGUGUUUUCGUGCUCAUGGUUGUCUUGCUUUACCGUCACAAGUGAACACGUUGGAUUCGUGUGUACCGGUCACACCUGUUACGUCAACUCGUCGUUCGCAGCUGUUGAGUGACGACUGUUGAGCAGUCACUGCAGUAUGCAGCCUGCCAAUGAUAGCAGCUAUAGCUGCAACAAUAGCAGCCCUGUUUAGGUGACAUUAACUGAAGUGACACAGAAACUGUUCUCCUGUUUGAAUCACAGCAGGAGUGUUUGGAACAGUUACUUUCGGCUGUUUCCAUACAAAGUUGUGGCCUUGUGGGGCAGUACUGGUGGCAGACACGCUGUCUUUGUCAGUGCCAGUCAUUAUUUUAUGCUGUUGUUGCCAUUGUAACGGGAAGCUCGUAUGUCGCAAUUGUUAUGGAGGGCAGCACACACCUCUUUUAUACUGGUCCUUGAAAAGAAAGUCAAGGUUAGGCGAUGGAGAAAACAAAAGAAAAGCUGUCGCAUUUCAUACAAUACAUGACACAAGCUCUUGUUUUUUUUUUCAUUGUCUCUAUUCUGGUGUGUGUCAUGCUUCUUUUGUUUGACCCAACACUGAGCUUCAUAUUGCAUAAAACUGUUACUAAGAAAAUGCAUUGAGCACAGCGAUUUUAGGCUCAUUCUGCUAAAUGUGGUCGUGCCAUGUGCGACUACAUUUGGCAUGCAUGUCGUGUCAUGCAUCUGUUAUCUGUUCUUCUGUUUUCGUGUCACAAAGGCUUACCUGUGGCAUUGUCAUCCUGUCACUAUAGACAGCUCAUUUCAGGGCUCGUUAUGUGAAGACUUAAGGUCAAACUUUCAUUGUCUUUGUUUCAAGUAUGUAGGGAAUGCAGAAAUGCCAUUAGUAUUAUAGGCUACCACUUGAGCUGUUUGACCUAAGUUCAUUGAGUUUAGAAAGGAAACUGGGUUACAUUUUUGCAACACCUGAAUCAACACCUGAAUUUUAAUUGAAGUGCUCAAGUAUCGUUUCACGUAGAUCGAUUGUUUGGAUUUUAAGUCAUUGCAAUCAUGAGUUUUCAACUUUAGGUACUGUGCUCCUGAAGGACAGGUUGGCAAGGUGCUAUGGGCUGAAUUUGUUAUGACAGUGAAAAGAGAGCAACUUCGACCCCAUAUUUUACAUUUCACGUAAAGGCGUUAUGUUAGUUGUACGAGUUUUUAAACUUUCAUGUUCGUUAAUUAUAGCUAUGACACACAGUCAAAUUUUUUAUCGUUUGUUUUGCACUCGUCUGAAUACUUGGCAAUGUACAUUGUAGGGCUGCAAAGUGACAGACACAUUUCACAUUUUUUAUAGAACAAUUUUUUUGUUUUACAUUGCUUCUCUUUUAUCACUAUUCAAAUUUAAAUAAUUUAGUUCAAAAUUUAACCAGUGGCUGCCUGUUUGAGAGAAUUAUUUCAUAACUAACGUAAUGUCAUAAGUAAUGUAAUUUAUGUCAUCAGUAAUGUAAUCGAAGUUCGGCCUGAAGUCAAGAAUAGUUUGUUUCUGAACCCUGCAUUUUUGUUUUUCUUUUUAUGUUGUGUCUUUAUCAUGAAGUAUAUAGGCACAAGUCAUGCCCACGUUGUUGUUUAUGACCAUUGACUCGUACUAAGAGUAGUAAAUGAAAAUCUGGAACUGCAAUCAUUAAUUCAUUAUGGUAAAACCAUGGUUAGUACAUGGGCUUUUCUAGCUCUUGCCAUGGCUUUGUUAUUAAAGCUCUUUGUCUUUUUCUAUUGUCCUGUGAGGCUAUGUUCCUUUGAGCACCUUUUUUAAAGCAGUUAGAUUCUUUACUAUUCAUGAAUAAAUCAUUUUGUUGGGCAAUUCUGACCACAUAAAUAGUAAAUCUCGACAUAUCUAAGUACGCAUGUCGCUAAAUCUAGAGGAUAUUUAAGCAGUUGCACGCGCUGCUAGUGCUUAUUUCUUUAUGUCCGAAACAGUCUCUUCUUGCUUAUAAUGUUCUGAAAUACAACCGUUGUACAUAAUAGAAAACUGAGCAUAAAUGAGGUCACAAAGAAGUUUAUUUCAAGAAGCUCAUUCGAAGACAGGAGGACAAAUUUUUAAACGAUCCCACUUAAAGUCAAAACUUAUUAAACAAUGUUGCAUCCAACAAGAAAAUGCCUUUGUUACAACCGAUAUUCGUUAUAAGCAUAUAUUUGUGAAAUUAUGAUAUUCGCACAAAAGAUUUCAGAUUUAGUUUGUUAUAUUCGAUAAUUCAUCAUAUCCGAAUUCAUUAUAUUGAGGUUUAGCUGUACUACUCAUCAUCCUCGUGCUGGGGCGCUGGUACUCUGGACACCAUCAAAUCCCACCAUGUUGUCAAAUUUUGUCACGUUUGCAUUUUGAGCUAAUUUGAGAAGGUUUAGUCAUCCAGGGAGCCAGUCAGUGAGGACGAGAUGCAGAAUUCGACUGUGUAGUAGAAUUCGACUGCAGCUUCUAGAAUAGCAUCCCUGCAACCACGUCUGGCAGCCAUAUUGGCAGCGCAGGCAAAACACUUGCCCCCCCGUUUUCAUUUAAUAAUAUUCGUGGUGUUAAAUUUUAUGUCUGUAACUGUAUGAAGUUUCAAGUUUGCCGAAUGCUUUUGUCUUCGUCACAGUGGGUGAUUGGCGUCAUCGUGGCAUCGCAGUAGUGAAUUAUUGCUUUUUGCUUUCGUGAUCAUUGCAUGCUCAACAUAACCAUCAUAUUAGGAGUCAUAACGAGAGUUUUCAAAAUACCAUCUCUGCAUACGUUUCAACCUGCCCUUGACAUUGAAGGGUUCCUGGCACUGUCGAGCUCGUUUACCUCCUACUGAUAUCAUUGUCGAAUGGGAUUAUAGGCUUGUGAAAUGACCUUACGUGUGAUGCAUGUAGCUUCCAGCAGCUGUCAAACACUGCUUUGCAGUUCGACAUGACGCUCGGUCACCGCUCUUCCAGGUUUGCUUGAAAUGCGUCAUUCCGGUGGUUGAUGUCAUGUCACAAACGCAUUCCGCUCGACCAUCUGUGAGAUCUUCCUGCACACUUGUUGUUAGCUAAGCCAGCAAAAGCAAGCAUGACAAAAGAAAACUUCGAAGCUUGGAACACCUCUUUUCACAACCACUGUUCGACUGCCGCAGUUGCUGAGUGCAUAGCCACAGUUUUAUUUGCUCCCAUCUCAAUAGAUUAUCUUUUGAGCUAGUUGGUACAGAUUCAUGUGCACGCCUAACUUUUUUUCUGACAUGGUAUACAAAGUUGAACCAAGCUGAAAAUCAGAUGAAGUGAUGAAAACUAGGAAAUUUACGGGUAGUUGUAGGGCAGUUGUGAUUGGAGAUCUCUGAGAGAGUAUUUUGUCUAGCAGCGCACCUCUAAUUAGGCUUAUCAUGAUGAUGAUUAUGACACUGUCGAGUGUACUGGCAGGGUUGACACAUGAAGUGCCAAUGACAUGAAAGAGAGCAAUAAAUAAAUGUUUCUAUCAGAGUUUUACCUUAUUUGAGACAUAUUAGUUUAUGAUGUUGAAUGUACUGACAGCUAGGAGUUGAAGAAUAAAGAAAUGACAGUGACAGAAGUGAAGAAUAAGGAAAUAUUCUCUGUUGGCGCUUUAUCUGAUGAAAGACUAAAUCAUCUGCCUUGCUUUUUAAAGCCAGUGCAGUAAUUAACCAUGUUGACUGAGCCUUUGAAAGUAAUGAAAAUGAAACUGCGUAAAUAUCUGGAUGUCAUAAAGUAAUAUAUUUUUAUGUGCUGAUAUAUAACACUCAACAAGCUACAAAAGUGAGAGGAAGUACAUGUCCUUACCGUGAAGCACAAUGCUACAGGCAGUUGUUUGCAUGUCCAAUCCUCAGCCGUUGUGGAACUGCAACAGUUAACACAAAAUGUCCUUCCAUGUUGAAGCAUUUUCACGAAGAUCCAAGAUGCAUUGUUGACACUACAUAUUACCAAGGAGAUACAGAAAUCAGAACAUCCUUCUCCAAUUGAGCGUUUGCACAAUGCCAAAAGUGUGCUCAUGCCUUUAAAAGUUGAUAUUGUUAAUAUUUUAGCAUACAUACUAUAUAUGGGGACUUGCUAUGACAUUCCGAGAUUGCAUACGACGAAUAUGCUUGUUAUUUCUCUAGAAAAAAAAAAUGAGUGAGAUGUGCCACGUAUCUUUCCAAUUCAGCUGUGCUACUGUAGACAAAUGAAACACACAUGAGAUGCGAGAAUUUCUAUGAUGCAAUUUAUUUUUUGAUUCGAAUAACAGUGCAUUGCAAAUCCAACUUCUAAUCAAGCACCCUAAUCUGUCCGCUACUUGAAAAACUACUUUCCAAGUCUUGCCAUAUUCUAGCUAAAAAAUUAUCCCUUUGGGUAUGUCUUUUGUCUACAAUAGUACAACCAAAACUUCAUUGCAAGCAGCUUUUCUGCUGAAAUUUCCGUGGUUAGGUAAAAACUCGUCUUCCCGGAUUUUUCAUGUUGAAAAUGUUGAAAUCUUUAUGUUUAAAGUGUUGAAAGAAGCAUGUGCGAUUUUCCAACACAUUGCUCGUGAUAUGCAGUGUGUUAGCUGCAGUGUACGUAGCAUAAAACUUUGAUUGUCAUGUGUAUGAAUUAUUCAUGCGCCCUGUUCUCCUUUACAGUGCUCAAGCAAGGCUGUGUUUUUGAUGGCUCAUGCGCUCUAGCUGUGUUUGAAGUGUGUUCUUUGUACGUCCAUGCCAGCUACUGCAUUUCAGCUGUACUGUGAACCAUGUUCUGCUGUAUGUUGCUGGCAUGAUCGAGCUAAAUGGCAAUUAAGGAAGUUGCAUAGGUAAAAGUUUGGCUCAUUUAACGCCAUUAUUAUGAUUCGAAAAUCAUUAAUAGCAUCAUUUUGUGUGUGUACAGUGUUUAUUUUGUCUAUUUCCACCCUUGGUGUCAUUUAAUAUUAGCACAAGUCGCGGCAUGAUUGGACCACUGUGUCUGAUGAUGAAAGCUGGAUGUCUAGCGAAAGUUCAAAUGGUUUCCAUUAUGUAUCUUUGGAAGAUCUUUUGCAUUAUGCCAUUAGCAUCUGGUAUGUCACGUAUAGUGUAUAUAAAUUUGCCCACUAUUGUUGAAGAACAUUUAUCAGCACUGAAUUUCAAAACUGUGCCAAGUUGGGAUGUGUGUUCUUGGACAUGGGUUCAGAACAGUUGUUAGAAUUCAACGGAUAUGCAUGGGACGGAAAGGGCAGUUGAAGAAAUGAAUCCAGUUUAUGGGUGAUAAAGAAAUGCCUUCGCACUAUCUAACACCCUGGAUAUUACAUUUCAUAAGUGUUCAGAUGUCAGCUACUAUGCAUGUCUGUCAAAUGUCUGAGGUUUGAUAUAAGUGUAUACGCAACCUACGAUACCUUGUCUUGCUUGUUUGAAAUAUUUGCAGAAAUGCAUAUGUGCAGAAACGUGUGACGACGUGACUUCUUGUUUUAAGUCUCAGUCUCUCAAGAUCCCUUUUUCUCACCUACAGUGUGUUUCUGACCAAGAAACUAUGUGACUUAAUGUCGGUGCUAGAGAUUUUCUGGCUAAGCAUGUUACUGUUGCUACGUCACUGGAGUGCAUUUCUUUCAUGGGAACCAACUCUCAGUUUCUCAAGGUCCUUUUCCUCACCCACAAUGUGUUUCUGACCAACAUACUGCGUGACGACGUUGGUGUUAGAAAUAUUCUGGCUAAGCAUGGUACUGUUGCUACGUCACUAGAAUUCAUUUUUAUGAUGGGAACCUACAGGUUCACUGUGGUGUUACGAGGGGAAAGCCUACAAAAGCUGAACAAGGACACAACUGUUUUCACUGCACAAGUUACACACUGGCGCUUGUCAUGUGCAGAACGACCUCCUCCAUCUCCCACACCUUACUACGGCAGCAAGGGGAGGUAGCUGUGUGCGUAGCUGCAAAAAAAAAAAAAGCACAACUUCCUGUUUCAGCAAAUUUUCUGGUAUAGCAUGUACAGACCCCUUCACAGCUGUAUAGAACAUGAGAGCAUUGCGUUUGAGGGUGCGUCCAUGCUGUCUAGUGGAGGCCGCUCCUUGGAGGCAUCGUGAUCCCAACCAUGUACUGCCAGUUCAGCAGGGCAGCUGCCAUUUUUGCUUGACGCUUUCGUAGCGCCUCGCCAAGUUCUUUGCAUGUCUACGCCAGCUAUUGCAUUUCAGCUCGCCUAAGAGCUACGUUUUGCUGAAUGCUGCCGACAUGAUUGAGCUAACUUGUCCUAUCCUGGACACUCUUGGCAUUGACAUAUGCCAUAUUAUGAGAGCGUUAAUCGGGGUUAGUUGGUUUACUGCUGGCAAGGAAAGAGCACUGGUGAGCAACAUACACACACAGCUCUCGUAUGUGUUGCUUCUUUAUGUGCAUGUUUCCUUCGUUCUUUCCUCCCCAACCAUGUGACUGUCGCAGUGGACAUCAUUACGUGCACUUAAAGAAAACACUGAGUAGUGAAGGCGUGCGCACCCUGCCCAUUGUGAACUAGGAAAGAAGUACUCUGUCUAACCAGGUGGUCUCCAGCAGGCACUACUUGCCCACUUUGGAGAGUGCCGCUCCCGUGCUCUAGAUGAAGGUAAUCGGAACCACGAGUUUCCUCUAGCUCUUCUACAUUGCCAUCCAACCUUUGUCCAGUAGUUUCACUUUGCUCGUUUUCUUACCUUGUGUCGUGGCAAAGCGGCCUCCAUGUACUGCAACUGGCAAAGAAAUAAAAAGAAAGAAUUGAUGCCGAAGAACCCACCUGUAAAUAUCAGCUAACAGAGCCACACCUAGCUGUCUCUGUAGGAAAGUGGUAGCUAAUCAGUGUGCUGUAACUUUUUGUGCAUGGCCGGUGUCUCCAGCCCUGUGAUGGUGAUGAUAUAAUAAUGUGCAUGCAUUGUGAUAGAAGUAGCAUUAUGUAUAGGUAAACAUACAUAACACGGAACAUACUGUGUCUAACUUUAGAAACUUCUCUUUUCUCUGCCAUUGCCACGUAUGUAUAACACUGAUCUCAUGUGAUUUGCUGUUGUUGUCUUUCUCUGUCUCCAUUUUACUCACGGAGUGCAGGAGCAAAGUGUUGAUCGAGGAGUUGUUGCGUGCUUUGCUUGAAGAUGUUGCAAGUUUAGGGAAAAUGUGACGCACCGAGUUUGACCGGAUGUUGAGUGGGGCAGCUGGGUCUGUGAUUUGAGGAGCCGACAUUACAAACAGUUCUGCCAACAAAAAAGUGCAGAGUUGCAGUCUUAGGUGCGCAUAUCUUAUGAGAAAUUCUAAAGGUGUGUGCAUGCCUAAACUGCACAUUUGUAUCAUUUCUUCCUCGUCGGACGCUCGGAGUCGCAACUCCAGCACCUUCCAUAUCGUAUAUGUUUCUCAGUUGCCCAUGCAGAAUUUAAUGUUAUGUCACUGGUGAAAUUAUUCACAGGCAUCAAGCACUGCAAACAUUCAGCGCAUUUGACGAGCAAGAAAAAAAAAGUGUGAACUGGGAAUCACAUGAUACAUGCUUCUAGCAUGCUUUCAUCAUCGUGUCAAUGUCUCCAUUUUGCAUAUUGCACAAUGAUCACGCCGCAAUUUUGCUGAAAGUACGCUCCCCACAGUUGCUAACAAAAUGAGAUGCAUUUUGGCCAUGAUAACACUGCUAUUAUCACACAUUGUUAAAUGAACACGCUGAUGGCUGGCUGAUAUGUCAGGCCAAAACCAAGUCCGAAACAUGUUUCAUGUCAUCGCUGCUUUGCUUGUUAAAUAAAUAUAUCGAGGGCAUAGCAACUGGGAAGGUGCCUGAAGUUCCCGUCUAUAUGUUUGGCAUCACUUUGCUUGUCAGUUACGGUGGCUUUAGAUGCCAGUAUAGUAGCAUAACUAUAAAGUUGCAGUGGUUGUUUCUUACUGAAAUAUUUUGUUUGAUGCAUGUGUUAGGCAGUUGUGUUGUGGGAUCUCAUCAUAGUCGCAUCCCUCCUUUCAUUCUCUUGAGUUCCCUAAGUGCUUUUUUAGUUCUCAUCUGCUCCGCACGUUUUGGCAUUAUCGAAAAGUGUGAGGCUGCGGACCUGUGGUACACGAGUGAAAUGUACAUAAAGCUUGCAUAUUUGGAGUGAGAUGUUGAAAGAGUACGCAAUCUUUUCAUUUUUUUUUCUUGUUGCAUAUAACCACCCUACAUCACGGUGUAUGAUGUACUCUGUACUCCAAUGCACAUAGUAGUGUUCUUUUUUUUGUCAUUAGUGACAACGAGUGUGGUGGAUUAGCGAAAGAGCCUUUAUUUUGUAUAGCAGAGCCUACUUCCCAGAUGUUCACGUUUUUGACAGAGUCUGUGUAACUUGUCGUUGAGCGUUACAUCAGUGUUUAAAUGCUGUUGAUGUUGUAUCAGACAACUCUCAAUGUAUAUAACUGUUCAAUAAAUCGAUGUUCAUGUUACAGUG